AUGAGAAUAACAUCUAAAGAUUAAGAAAUUUGUAAUAUAAUAUAUCUAAUUGUUAGAAAUAACUCAAUUUGGCAUAUUCGUAAAUUCAUAAUGGCAUUUUAUCCAUUUAGUAUAAAAAAGAUAAUAUUAUCGAAAUCAUCGAUUAACUAGAAAAUUUUGA